ACGAAGAAUCCCAAUUUUCUAAUUCUAGGGUUUUAGAAUUUUCCAUCUGUCUUCAAACUGAGCCCUAGAAUUUUCUCAACGUAAAUCAUCUCCUCAUUUAAUCACGUUUUUUCUUUCACUAUAAAACCUGUAUCUUUUUAUCAUAUUAAAAAAUCCCUUCAUUAAUUUCACCCGUUGUUUCUUGGGAGAGUUGUUUUUUUUUUUUCCUCAUUUCUUUUGGCAAAAAGUUGUUCGCUUUGACCCUUUUUGCUCGUUGUUUUUGCUUAGAUUGACACUGUUUUGCGAAAAUGUCUCGGGUUUAUGUUGGGAAUCUGGAUCCUCGAGUAUCCGAGAGGGAACUCGAAGAUGAAUUUCGGGCUUUUGGAGCUCUUCGCAGCGUAUGGGUUGCUCGAAGGCCACCAGGUUAUGCAUUUGUAGAGUUUGAUGAUCGCAGGGAUGCCAUCGAUGCAAUCCGUGAGCUGGACGGCAAGAAUGGGUGGCGUGUUGAACUUUCUCAUAAUUCUAGGGGUGGGGGAGGCCGUGGUGGACGACGUGGUAGUGAGGAUUUGAAGUGUUAUGAGUGUGGUGAACCUGGCCACUUUGCUCGGGAGUGUCGCUUGCGUAUUGGUUCAAGAGGCUUGGGGAGUGGACAAUGUCGAAGCCCCAGCCCUCAACGCCGUAGGAGUCCAAGUUAUGGGUAUGGGCGCAGGAGCUAUAGCCCACGAGAAAGAAAAUCACCCCGGCACCACAGCAUUUCACCUCGCCGUGGUCGCAGCUACAGCAGGUCCCCACCAUAUUGUCGUUCUCGUCGUGAUUCUCCCUAUGCUAAUGGAGAUUAGAGUGGCAGGCCCAAAUUGUGCAGAUCAGGAAUUAUCAAAUGACAUUAGUGGAUAGAAUAUGUGCUAUACUGUAGAUCUAAUAGGAUAUGUGAAUGGUGGAGAUUUAUGUUACUUGUGUGCAUUUCAUGAGGAUGAGGAUUGUUAGAACCUGUGGGUUUGCAUGGCUUCUGCUCUACAAAGUGGUUUCAGCCACUGAAAGGGGUGCCUUGGACACUGUUUUGUGUUGGCUGGCUGUCUACAGUUCAGCAUGUGAAAUUGCGAGGUCUCUUUCUUACUUCUAUUAACUGUUAUCUACCUGUGCAUUCAUAUCUUUUGUGCCUUUUUGUUACGUUGGUAUCUUGUGGUAGAUUAUCUGUUUAAAAUGGAUGAAAUACUAAACGAUUUAUUUGUUUGCUUUGACUCUGAGGUGUGUUUUUGAAGUAAAACAGCAACGUUUCGCCACUUUACCACAUCUAAGUUGAUCUGGUCUCCUCGUCACUGCUUCCCUGCAUCACUUCAUCUAUUUGUCGCUGCUCCUGCUCAUUAUAAAGCUUGUGAGUUUUAUGUUGAGUUUUGCUUAGGCUCAAGAUAUUUGGUUGCAAACCUUCUGUGGUGCUUGCAUCAGCAACAAUACUUCUAGAACAUAGGACCUUCUACAUGUCUGCUGGCUGGUAAAAGAAAGC